AUGGUAUCAAGACCAAGUACUUCCAGCCAGCAAACCCAACCUCAAAGAAACUAUGGACUCACUUCUCCCAUUAGCUUGGCUCCUCCUGACGAUAUGGAUCACAUUCAUACUCGAAAGUUAGUUGAAGCAAUGAGGCCUUUUGGUGUAUUUGAAGAUACGGAAGAACUGAAUCACAGGUUGGUUGUUCUUCAUAAACUGGAUAACUUGGUCAAAGAAUGGAUAUCAGAAGUUGGGGAGAGAAAGAAUCUUCCCCCUUCAGUGGUAUCAAGCGCUGGUGGCAAAAUAUUUACAUUUGGUUCUUACAGGCUCGGAGUACAAACUAAAGGUGCCGAUAUAGAUGCUGUUUGUGUCGCUCCUAGACAUGUGGAAAGAGGAGAUUUCUUUCAGUCAUUCUUUGAAAAACUAAGACACCAUGAGGAAAUAAAGAAUUUAAGAGCGGUUGAAGAUGCUUAUGUACCAGUUGUGAAGUUUGAGUUUGAUGGCAUAGAAAUUGAUCUUGUGUUUGCAAGACUGCCCGUGCACACUGUUUCUGAUAAUCUUGAUCUUCAGGACGACGCGCAUCUAAGAACUCUGGAUAUAAGGUGUAUACGGAGUUUAAAUGGCUGCAGAGUCACCGAUGAGAUAAUAAACUUAGUGCCAAAUAAAGAAAACUUCCGACUUGCACUCCGUGCCAUUAAGCUGUGGGCAAAAAGACGUGGCAUUUACUCAAAUAUCCUGGGAUUUCUCGGUGGGGUUUCCUGGGCAAUGCUGGUAGCAAGAACAUGUCAGCUGUAUCCAAAUGCAUUGGCUUCUACACUUGUUAACAAGUUCUUCUUGAUUUUUUCAAAAUGGGAAUGGCCAAGGCCUGUAAUGCUGAAACAAAUUGCUGACAGCAAUCUGAAUUUACCAGUAUGGGACCCUAAGGUAAACCCAUCAGACCGACACCACGUCAUGCCUAUUAUUACACCAACCUACCCACAGCAGAACUCCACAUACAAUGUAUCUUCAUCAACACGAGCAAUAAUGGUAGAGGAGUUCAAACGAGGUCUUGCUGUAACAGAUGAAAUUCUCCAAGGAAAAGCAGACUGGUCAAAGCUCUUUGAACCGCUGAACUUCUUUGAGAAGUACAAGCACUACAUUGUUCUUACUGCUAGUGCUUCUACUGAAGAGCAUCAUUUAGAGUGGGCUGGCCUUAUUGAAUCUAAAAUUCGUGUUCUGGUUGGAAACCUGGAGAAGAAUGAGUUUAUAACUAUUGCACAUGUACAGCCACAGUCUUUCCCUGGCAACAAAGAACUAUGUGAACAGAAUGGACAUGUGUCGAUGUGGUUCCUUGGGAUCAUUUUUAGGAAAGCAGAAAAUGCAGAAAGCGUUAACAUUGAUUUAACAUAUGAUAUUCAGUCAUUCACGGACACGGUUUACAGGCAGGCUAACAGUCUCAACGUAUUAAAGGAAGGUAUGAAGAUUGAAGCAGCUCACGUGAAGAGAAAACACCUCCAUUAUUUUUUGCCUGCAGGAAUCUUGCAGAAAAGGAAGCAGAGCAUGCCAGAUACUGGUAAAAACACAAGCAGGCGCCAGUGCAAAAGGGUGUUUUCAGGUGGAAGCUGUUUGGACAGUUCCAGAGACACAGACUACAGAACAUGUAAUUCCUCAUCAUUCAAAAAAAUACCUAAAUUGGAUACCUCUGCUGUAGAGAGAGAAAGAAAUGUUGUGUAUCAGAGAUCCAACAGUGCUAGCAGAGAGAAGUUGCCUCCUAUUACUGUGUCUUCAGUGUCUAAGGGGCCCUCCAUUCCUCUUAUUGAUUCAAAAAUGGAGGCUGCAGUUGCAAUAAGGACAUCAGGGCCUCCAACUGUUAGCACCAUCCCAGGACUUAACCCGAUUUCUCAACUUGGAGCACAUGCUCUCCGAGGACACCAUGAAGUAAGUGCAGCUCCAGUUACCAGUCCUAAGAAUGCUGCACCUAAACGACAUCAUUCACCUACAUCAGGAGAAUGCCCGAAAAAAACAGCAAAAGGAGAAAAGUUAACUGGCCAGGAUUCAGCAUUCAAAGAUGGCAGCAACCAAGAAGAUGUCAGAUCAUCUACAGAAAAUGUAAUUUUGAAACUAAAAGCCAUGCUGAUUCCAGCUCUCAACACAUCAAGAUCGCAGAGGCUUUCCAGUAAAGAACUACCAGAUUCUUCAUCUCCUGUUCCAACAAAUAGUAUUCGUAUUAUUAAAAGAUCCAUCAAACUUACCCUUAAUGGUUAA